UCAACAGGCUUUCCAGAAGUCCGGCCAAGCAUCGCUGUGGGUGGAAGUGAGAAGGAUAUGUACAAAAAGUAUACAGCUUGGGAUAUCAGGCGGCUAUCUUGCUGCUCUUACUUAUUCGACAUGUUCUUGUCUGAGAGGGUUCUCGUGAUGGAGCAUAAAUUCCAGCUCCAGGAGUUGCUGAUUUUCUCGCGACGCAGCGCGCCAACUACCGUCGCCAUUUGCACCAGGAUCUGGCGCACCGCCAUCCCCUCCCCUUUAUCGCUACAUUCUUGCUACCUUUUGCUUCGCUGGAACUCAUCAUGGCGGAAACACAGCCGACGCCAGCCCAGCCUGCCGCCCCCGCGGCGGCACCGACACCACCACCCAAACCCCAGAAUCCAGCACUCCGCAUGAUGGGCCUGCCCAACCUUCCUCGGAAGCUGCCCUCACGCAACUGGAUGAUCUUCUGGGGCAUCACAGGCGCCUUUGCCUCCUUCAUCAUCUACGACAAGCGCGAGAAGAAGCGGGCCACCGCCAAAUGGCGUCGCCUCGUGGCCCCCAUGGCAAAUGAGCCCAUUGGCGCCGCGAACCAGCUUCCCCGGAAACUCACCAUCUACCUCGAGGCCCCGCCGGGCGACUCGCUCCGCACGGCGCAGGACCACUUCAUUGAGUAUGCUAAGCCCGUGCUGGCGGCCAGUGGUCUCGACUGGGAGUUUGUCCAGGGCAGGCAGCAGGGAGACGUGAGGGCCGCCGUGGCCGAGAAGAUUCGUCGUCUGAGGCGGAAGACCGAGCAGCCCACCGAGGACGUGCCGCCUACCGAGGAAGACAACCUAGAAGCACUGAGGAAGAGAAUGAACCUGCCUGAAUACCAGGGCGUCAAGGGCGACAUUGUCAUGGGACGGCAUACUUGGAAGGAAUACGUUCGCGGGCUACACGAGGGCUGGCUAGGCUCGCUACAAGCGCCGCCGCAGCCUAUCGUUGAGCCUAAGUCCCAGACAGGCGAGGACGGCGAGAAGAAGGAGGCCCCGGCGGAGGAGGAGAAGAAGCCUGAUCGCCCCCCUCAGCCUCUCCCUCACAACAAGCCUGAAGACUACGCCCUUGCGUCGCUACCACCUACCAUCCCCGAGGAGUUUGCGCCCUCGGCGCCUCUGCCGCAUCCUCAUCGUCUCGGUUUCCGACACACAUUUGUGCGUCUUGGACGCUUCCUGAACCGCCGCAAGCUUGCCGACGACAUUGGUCGUGACGUCGCUGCCGUCUGCUUCGCCACGUCGCGGGACUGGAAGCCCCAAGAGGGCGACGAAACGGAACAGCAGCUUGUUCUCAAGAGUGGUGAGAGGGACUGGCCCAAGUUCGUCUGGCAGGACGAGCCCAGCAAGGACGAGGAGGAGAACAGCACGCCCAAGCCUCCCAAAGAGAAGAUCUGGGCGUCGCCUCUGACCGUAGACCCUCGCAUCACCAGCCGCAUGCGCCGGUUUGAGAUCACGCCUGAGCUGGAGGCUCGGGCUGCACAGAUCAAGGUGCCCGAGGAGGAGAUUGAGGGCUGGAUCAAGGGUAGCUUGAGGAGUGUGUGGCGAUGGGGCGCCAGCUCCUUUGAGUCCAAGCCCAAAGGACCCAACGUUGGAAACCUGGACGACUAAUCAGUACAUGAAACCAUUUGGGGGAGCGUGUAGAGAGGCUGGCUAGUAAGUUUACUGUACCAUCAAGUGUAUUCAUCAACGAUAUC